ACCGUUUAGAGAAUAGAUGUCAGAAAUUUUAAAUAUGAAUUAUUUUUUAUAAGUUAACUUAGUCUGUAUUCAAGCAUCAAGCAUCCACAAUGUCUUCAUUCAACAUGACUGAAUUUAAUGACAUCCUAGAGAAGUGUAAGGAUCGAUCACAACAGGAGAAACAAGAUCAAACUUUACUUCAGCCGUUCCAUUAUAUUAAGCAGAUUCCCGGCAAACAGAUUCGCUCAAAACUUGGACUAGCAUUUAAUUAUUGGUUAAAUAUUCCAAUAGAGAAGCUGGCGAAAAUAUCUGAAAUAGUCCAGAUGCUGCAUAAUUCAUCGUUACUAAUUGAUGAUAUAGAGGAUAAUUCAAUUUUACGUAGAGGAAUUCCUGUGGCACACUCAAUUUAUGGAGUCGCUAGUACAAUCAAUUCAGCGAACUAUGUUCUGUUCCUUGCAUUAGAGAAAGUACAGCAACUCGGACAUCCAGACGCGACAAAAGUUUAUACAGAACAGCUUCUAGAACUUCAUCGUGGACAGGGAAUGGAAAUUUAUUGGCGUGAUAACUUCCUAUGUCCUGAAGAGGCUGAAUAUAAGCUAAUGACAAUUCGAAAAACAGGUGGUCUUUUUAUGCUCGCAAUUCGAUUGAUGCUCCUAUUUUGUGAUAAUAAAAAAGAUUUUACAAAAUUAACGGCCUUACUUGGUUUAUACUUUCAAAUUCGUGAUGAUUAUUGUAAUUUGAGCCUUAAAGAAUAUUCAGAGAAUAAAAGUUUCUGUGAAGAUUUAACGGAAGGGAAGUUCAGCUUUCCAAUCAUUCAUGCAAUUCAAUCCCAAGAUCUGGAUAAGCAAGUACUUCACAUUCUGCGCCAAAGAACUCGGGAUGUAGAAGUGAAAAAGUACUGUGUAUCAUUGCUUGAGAAAACGGGAAGUUUUAGGUACACACGUGAAACUCUAGAUGCUCUCGAUAAGGAAGCGAGAAACGAAGUAAUGGAAUUAGGACCAAAUCCAAUAAUGGAUAAUUUACUAGAUGAGUUAUUAAGUUGGAAAACAACAGCAGAUUAAUAUUCAUACACGGAUAAGUU